AUGCAUUCCGAGAGCGGAAUGUUGGCAGAUCCGUCGCCGAAGCAGGACGGCGACGCGAUCCAGCAGACGAAGCACCAAUCCGCCCAGCAACUGAUAGGCGUGCCCGUAGGCGUCGCGCAGCAACAGCUGCAGCAGCUCCAGCUGCAGCAGGCUGGGGCUGCGCAGCUGCUGUCCGGCCAGAACCUGCUCGGCUACGGCGUCAUGGCGCCGCAGGCGGUCAGCCUGGACGGUCAAGAGGCCAUUUUCAUCCCGGCGAUGGGUCAGCAGGUCCAGCACGUUAUAAACCCCGGGCAGGUGAUCAGGGGAGUGUUGCCGGCCGGGGUGCCGGUGCAGCAGGUGCGCCAAGCGCAGCCGCAGCUGCUGCAGCAAACCAUACCGGUACAGGUGCCCAUAUCGGGUGGUAACGGCCAGACGAUAUACCAGACCAUACACCUGCCGGUGCAGCUGGCCGCCCAAAGCGUCAUUCAGCAACCCCAGCUGAUCCCGCAGGUGGCGAACAUCCUGACGCCCGGCGGUCAGAUCCAGUCGAUUCAGAUAGCGACCUCGCUGCCGCAGCAGCAAGUGGCCGCGCCGAUCGAUCAGGGGUGCCAGUUAACGUUCGCUGGGACCAACGGGCAGCAGUUUACCGUAAUACCCGCGUCCAACCUGAGGACCAACCUGGGCAACAUCAUUCAGCUGCCGGGCGUGCAGACCCUGCCGACGAUUCAAAACGUUCAGGUGAUAGCCCAGCCUCAGGUGGCGGUCGGGCAGCAACUUCAGCAGGAUCCCGACGACCCGAGCAAGUGGCAGGUGGUUUCGCAGGUGGUGCAGCAACCUCAGGUCGCGAUCCAAGCGGAGCGGGACUCGGCGCAGGGUAACGAGCAGGAGAAACAGAGCCAGGCGAAGCCGAAACGGGUGGCGUGCACCUGCCCGAAUUGCAGGGACGGGGAGAAGCAUUUCGACAGGAAGAAGCAGCACGUGUGCCACAUACCGGGUUGCAACAAAGUGUACGGGAAGACUAGCCAUCUGAGGGCGCACCUGAGGUGGCACACCGGGGAGAGGCCCUUUGCGUGCGGGUGGCCGAUGUGCGGGAAAAAGUUCACGAGGUCGGACGAGUUGCAGCGCCACCGCAGGACGCAUACCGGCGAGAAGAGGUUCCAGUGUAGCGAGUGUCACAAGAGAUUCAUGCGAUCGGACCACCUAUCGAAGCACCUUAAGACGCACCUUAAGCAGAAGAUCACUCCGGACAAGGGCGACGAAGAGGAGGAGGAGGAGGAGGAGGAGGAGUGGGGCGAGACCGAGGACAACACGAUCGAGACGGAGGAGGAGGAGGUCAAGCCUCGGCCGGUGUGGAUAACGGACACCAAGAACAAUAUCAAGUACGCCAUCACUCACGUGAAUUACUCGCAGGAGGCGGCCACCUCUACGCGUUCGAGUUCGGAGAGUUCGAACGACGAGAAGAUGAUGAUCACCAUCAGUGCGGCCGAGGACGAGCUGGUAAUAGCCGAAUCCGCGGAUACGUAG